AUGUUGGACAGACUAGCAACCCACCUCCUCCUACUGGCCGGCUCGGCUGCCGUCCUCGCCCACCCGGGCGCCGACGUCCGCACCGAGUUCCUCGAGCGACAGGAGCACCUCAACAAUCCUGCCCGUCGCACCCUCUCCGAGUGCCACGCCCGCCUCGAGGCCAGGGGCCACUAUGCCGCCGAGCUGGAGCGCCGCAUGACAAAGAUCGACGGCCUGCGCUCCGAGAGGGGGUUGCAGGCCGCCCCGGGUGCCGUGCAGAAGAGAGCGGGCGGAGCCAGGGCCGCGUGUGUGCUCGACCCUGAGGUGACAGAGGGGCCGUAUUGGGUCCAGGGCGAGGUCAUCCGGCCCGACAUUCGCGAGGAAAGCGCCGGCGUGGUGCUGCACCUCGACAUCAACGUCAUUGAUGUGACGACUUGCGAGCCGAUCCCAGACGCAUAUGUCGAGCUGUGGGGGUGCAACUCUACGGGCGUAUACACGGGAGUCGUCGCCGAGGGCAACGGUGCCGGGCUGAGCGCCCCCGAGGAGAUCAACAACUCGGCUCUCCGCGGCGUGCAGCCCACCGACGCCAACGGGAUCGCCAGCUUCGUGACAGUGGUGCCUGGCCACUACGUAGGACGGACCAACCACCUGCACACAAUCGUCCACCACGGCGCCAACAAGCUUUCCAACGACACCAUCCAGGGCGGCACCAUCUCGCACGUGGGCCAGUUCUACUUCGACGACGCCAACAUCGAGGCCGUCGAGAGCGAGAGCCCCUACAGCACCAACACGCAGCCCUGGACCCGCAACGCCGACGACCUCCUGCUGCGGCAGGGCCAGGCCGGCGGCGACAACCCCUUCAUCGAGCUGACGCUGCUGGGCGGCAGCGUGGCCGAUGGCCUGCACGGCGUCAUCGAUGUCGGCGUCGACCCGAGCGCGAAGCAGGAUCCGAAGCCCGUCAACUUUUGGACCGCGGACGGUGGCAAGCCUGUCGAGGGCUCGCCGUGGCUUGGGUAUCCGUGGAGCGCGAGGGUGAUGGCUCUGUUGAGGAGGUGGGUGCUGUGA